GCACGCCCUCUCUCUAGCCCGCAUUCUUCCGCACGCACACCCAUCGGCCAUCGCCCACAAGCGCUCGCAGGAGAGGACGAAACCCUAGCUUUUGCGGCGGCGGCGGCGAAGACAAUGAUCUACGACGUGAACUCUCCCCUCUUCCGCUCCUUCCUCAGCCAGAAGGGCGGCGCCGACAAGAGGAAAAUGGAGGAGCAUAAACCAAAGGAGCAGAGGCCCAAGGCCAGCGAGAACAAGCCUGUGAUGAACGAAUGAAUAUCUCCAGAAACUGCGUUCAAUGCGCAACCAAAUUCGAUGUCUGCUUGCUCUGUUUAGCUUAAAACCAAAGCUUCCAAUAAUCUUAGUGGUGUCUUAGUUUCUCCUUAGUGUGUUAAUUGCUCAGCUUGAACAUGGCAACAGUGCAACAGACAUGAAACUUGAACUACCUAUUAGACUAUUAUCAAUUUGAGACGCCCAUGAUUGGCAACUUUUGAGUAGCUCUCCUGUUACUGCCGUUUGGUUGGUACAAAAUUGUGGGGUGCCACCAUGUUUCAUGCUUGCUUUUACA